AGAGGACUCUGGCCUUGGCUACGUGAUAACAAAUGAAAAGAGCUUAAUCUACAUAUUGUUAGUCUAUCUGUUGUUAGUGCCAGUGUAGUAAUCAGCUUUAAUCAUGGAAAGUUCUUGUUCUGUUGGAGUACAAAAGAUGAAAAUAAGGGAACUGGUACCAUACGCGGAGAAUAUUAUGGUAAUCGGAGUAAUAAUAUGUAAGCAAAGACCGAAGAAGUUUACCCCAUCGAAUGAAUCCGAAGAAGUUAGAGCUGUUUUUAACUUUACCAUAAGGGAUUCACCCACUGAUUACAUAAAUGUAACUUGCUGGGGUACAGAUAUGUUUGUUAGCGGUUUCUAUGAGCGUUUUCAAAUUGGAGAUGUCGCUCAAAUUAUGAAUCCGAAAGUUGAACUUCGAAAAAUUGAUGAUUAUGGAGAGCAGUUUCAACCAAUGGUAACAUCUCCGUUCAAAAUGAUAUUAAACGAAAAGAUAUCUCAGGUGACGGUUCUUUUGGAUGGAUAUCCAGAAUAUAUGAACUCUAUAAUCCGAUUACCAACGAAACCUAUUACUAAUUAUGUAGCAUUGGCGGAUAUUCAAGCAAAUACUAAAGUUUGGGAAGGAAAAUUGGUCGAUAUUCUUGUAGCAAUAAGUUCAAUUGGAGAUGCUAGAAAUGUUAAAACCAAAUCAGGAGAUUCUUAUGUGAGGAAUUUAGUUGUAUUUGAUUACACUGCCACCGGCUUUGGUUUGAGUAUAUGGGAUUCUGAUUUCAUAUACAGGGCGUCGCUGUGGAAAUCUCGUUAUACAAUAUUAUUUAUGACAGAUAUGAGAAUUAGUUUUGAUAAUUACCAAAAACGCGCAAGAGCUACGUUUACUUCAAAAACCAUCGUCACCGAAGAUCCGGAAUGUAAAGAGGCACGCGAUUUGAGGGAAUACGCAAGGACUGCAGUUAUAGCUCAAUCGGCUAUUUUAGACAAGUUGUCUUAUACAUUUCUAGAACCAAGUACCAUUCAAAAUGUUAUGAACAUUCAACAAAUUAAUACAAAGAUCGACGAGGUAUGUCAUUCUCAACCAGAAGAGCAGUUUACAGCUUUGCUGUAUGCAGCAAUUACUUACAUGGAUUUAGAUGGAUUAUCCACCAUUGUCACAACGAGAUGUACAUUAUGCAAGUGUCAAGUAUCGAAUUUGUUGAAUAAAUGUGAAAAUGUGAAUUGCAUUCGCGAAGAUGUACCGACAGAAGUAGCUUUUGAUUUGAAAGUGAAACUUUCUGACCAUACUGGAUCCUUGUUGAACUGUAAAAUUACUGGAGCAACGGCGGAAAGGAUUUUAAAAUGCAAGGUUUCAGAUUUUUUGAACAUGUCUGACGACGAAAAAACAGUACUGAAAUGGAAAUUUCUUUUAGAACGUCACGAAUUACGUUUGGUAGUGCUUUGUGUUAGAGGUAGAUUGCCGUUAAUUUCUAUUGUUGGUUGCAAUAUGGCGAAUCCAACGGUAAUGAAUCAGAGAAGUUUUUGAAAAGAGUAGAGGUAUUUAGUUUCUUGAAUUUAUUUAUAAUUUAAAUACAAAAAAUGUUUUUGUUUUGUCCUUUCAA